GUAUAAUGCAUAGAAGACCAACUCGGUUGUAUACUGUAGAUGACAAUUUACCCGAGCUUUGUACAAAAGUCACUCAAUGCAAUAUUGAAAUAUGCGAAAGUAACGAUCAACAAACUGUCACGUCAUUAAAGCAUAUGGAUGGAGUUAUAGAUGAAUAUACAUGUAACAAGAGUCGACAUGAAUUGACUGUUACUGGCAAUGUAUCCGAUGACAAAAUUCAGCCUUCUAUCGUGUCAAAUGCUGGCGAACAAUAUAUACCUCUGUUGGGAGGUAACAGUUCUCCAACUGAGCUCACUCAAUUUAAGAAGAGUAACGGUCAUCAAACUAUCACGUCAUACAAACAACUAGUCAAGGAAUGUCCGGUUCCUGUUGAAAAUGUUGACAAUCUUAAAAUAUCUAUUGUUCAGUCCCUAACUGGUCCAGUGCAAGGGCAAAACAAAGAAUAUCUGUCAUCUUCAAGAUUUAAUUGGGACGAAAUAUUUAGGUUUCUAGCUAAAAAUCUAACAGCAUCUGACCACAAGUUGUUUUUCAACAUAUUAUACGGUAGUUGUCAUCACUUGCACGGUGGAGGAGACAGAGAUACUGGAAGUUAUAUUGAAAAUGUUGAAACUAGAGUACGCAGAGACGGGGGAGAUUCCGAAACAUUAAUGUUCGAGCUAUUUAACCAAUGGAAACAGAUCAUGGGAUCUAAUGUGAGCACAGAGUACAUAGAGGAAGCGUUGAGAGAAAGAUCAAAUAAUCUUCUUCUAGAAAAUUUAAAAGAAUUAAUGAGAAUGCCACCAUUACUUCCCAGGCUUCCAGAAAGAAGUAAAUUUCAGCCAACGUUUCAUAUGAUAAUGAAGCCAAACCGUGGUGAUAAAACGUUACAAUAUUUUCCAUGUAAUGAAAUACGAAAUACAUGUUAUAUGUUGCCGAAUGCUCCUCAAUGUACGGUAUUACCAUUAGCUAACGAAGAAGCGCGGAAUACUGUAGAUUUAGAUACAAGAGAAUUUAGUAAUACUGCGUAUCCUGCAACUGAAGAAAAUAAUAAUACAACAAAUGGUCCAGUCAUAGAGGAAAUUGGAGAGCAAGAUAUGGAUCUCUCUUCCCUGACUAGUUCUUCAGGUUCUCCAGGGCCGUUGUCUGACAGAUGCUCAGUAUUAUCAUCUGGAGAAUUAAUUUUAAAACGGAAAAAAAUGCAGGUUAAAAGACAUAUAAUGAUUUACGGAAAUGAAGAAAUACCAAACAAAGUUAGGAAAAUGGACGCUUCAAUUGUUCCAUUGGAAAAUACAAGACGACCAAGAAAAUUUAGUAAUACUGUAUAUUCUGCCACUGAAAAAAUUAAUAAUACAACACAUGGUCCAGUCAUAGAGGAAAUUGGAGAGCACGGAGAAAUUGAAAGUUGUCUGCAGACUAUGCAAGGUGUGCAGGAAAACUAUGGAAGUCUAAAUAAAGGUCAGUUUAGAGCAGUGGGCAUUAAGUCAAGUGCAAAUGAAAGGCAAAUGGGCUCUCUGACUGAACGCAAGAAAUUAAAAGCAUAUAUUCCUCCUAAAAAUACAUGUAUUUUUGAUGGCCGUUUGAUCAAACUUGAACAAGCAGACAUUGAUGACUUGAGGGAGAACAACACCAUUCCUAUUGGGCAAGGUUCAUUUGGAAAAGUUUUUAAAAGUGAGAACCCUUCGGAGGGUUUUGGAAUGCAUAUUGUUAUUAAAAAGAUACCUUUAGGUGGAGAAGGAAAAAACCAAUCAAUAAUUAGAGAAAUGAUGGCAUCCAGAAUAAUGCAUCCAUUUAUUCUUCCACUGUUGGCUGUUGUUGAUCGUCCAGAAGGGAAACCAGAAGUAUGGUUUGUUUCUCCACGAGGCAAUAAAGGGGACCUUCAUGGUGUCAUUCAAUGCAACAGUGAAGAUCUUAACAUGGAGAAAAGAACAAAAAUUCUACUUCAUAUAGCAUUAGCAAUCCAGUACAUUCAUACUGAAGUAUCAAAAGUCAGGGAAGCUGUUCUACAUAAAGAUAUAGCAUCUAGAAAUAUUGUACUAGAUGACAAUUACAAUGCUAGACUUAUUGACUUUGGACUGGCAAGGGAAACAAGCGAUACAACAUCAAAGGCUAGUGGAAGAGACUUUUAUGCUCAUCCUGAAAUUGGAAAAGGGGGCCAUGCCAAAGAGGCAUGGGAUUAUUUUGCCUUUGGAGUCAUCAUGAGAGAAUUAUUGACCAGUCUUGGACCUGAUGGCGUUAGUAACAGAUAUUUGAAAUAUAUGACAGAAGAUGAAAUUCAAAACUAUGCUUAUGUAAAGAUAUGGGAGCCAAAGCCAAGUGAUAUAGUUGAAAAGUUGGUUCGAAUUUCAAGCAGUUUAUUACAACAAAAUAAUUGGACAGUUUCAAAUUUCAAAGAAAAUGUUGUAGAAGAGUUACAAGAGAUCUGGAAAGACUUCGGUGGAAUAGAGAUCCUACAACUUUCAAAUGAUAGGUGUCAUGUAUGCAUGAUAAACCCUAUAGCACAAGAAACAUCUAUGAAACAACAUAAUUCCAGUAAUUGUACACAACUAAUCAAAGCAUGCAUAGCAUGUGAAAAGAACAGUUUUCUAAAUCCUUUAACGUGUUACUGUGGUACAGAAUUGACACCUGUGAUAGGAAGUGGAUGGGGUGCUUUGCUUGUCGCAGGAACAGAUACAAAAAACAAAGAAAAUACUAAAGUAAUGGCCCGGGACAUAAAAGAGAUAGAGAAGCUGAUAACAUCGAAAGCUCCACGAAUAAUUGGAAUCAGUAAAGAGGAUAUUCGCACUGUAGUACCUGAUGUACCCAACAACGCCAACAUGAAAGGAAAGACAUGUAGAGAAAUGGAAGAAGAAAACCUUGGUGACGAAUCCAAAAAACAACCAGAUAGAGAAACAGAAGGAGGGAAUCUUUGGCCUAAAGUCAAAGCUCACAUUGAAUAUUUCAGCAAGAGAAGGGACCUUGACACAUUGUUUAUUUAUUUUUCAUGUCAUGGUGGAAAAACUGAAAAUAGUUUUCAUCUUGGGUCAGAAACAGAUAGUGUUUCAUUGCUUGAUUUUCAGAAUGAGUUAGCUCGAUUAGAAAAUAUUGAAAAACUGGUUUUAGUUUUGGAUCAAUGCUUUCCGCCAAAGGUACAGUUUAAUAACAGUGAGAGGAAAUUUAUUCAGAUAAAUGCAUGUGAAACUAGUGAGAGGGCAUCUAUGACAAAUAUAAGUACCUUUACAAAGUGGUUUAUUCGAGGAUUGAAAGCAAGGUCAGAAAAAUCACCAUGUCCCGGCAACUGUAGGCCUUGCCGGGAAUACUGGCAAAUGACUACAGAUUUUAUAACAUAUUCAAAUUUGCAUAAGUAUCUGUCUGAUCAUUUAAAAGAGGCCAAUGAAAAAAGUCCCCAAAUAUAUAACAACCGUAUCAAUAUAAACAGCAACUUUGCAUUUCACACAGACGAAGAAGUACUUAUUGAUUUUACAGAUGGCAAAGAUACAAUAAAGGAUUUACCUAUUGGCUAUUUACAGGAAAUUACAAACUUGAAAGAACAGUUGGUUAAAGCUUUUGGCAAAAACGUAGAAGUAGACACUGUGGACAUUGAAAAACAGACAUACAGAAAGGAUAAAGAAUUUGAAAAGUGCGACACCCUUGAAAAAGUGAUGCAAGCUUGGGUUCUUAGGCAAAAAUUGAGAGUAAAAUUCAAAACUGAAUAAUUUAAAAUAUAUAUCUUGACACUAUAUGUAUAACCAUAAAAUGUAGUAGUGUAUGUUCUUACACACUGUCUCCAAUCAUAAUAUUAUGUAAUAUAUAAAACAAACAUCAUCUUCUAGAAAUAUUUACAUAUAGAGACGAUCUAACAUAUACAUACCUAUACUUUUGAAAUAAGUGGACAUAAUCCGAUGCCUCUAGCUAGUUUUUGGAAUGAAUCGUAAUUUGUUAAUUUGAUUAUCAACCUGUAAUAAGAGAAACGCACUGUAUGAGAAACACAGCUUAAUUCAAGAUAUACUAGCUCUGUAGCUCAUCUGUGAGUAAUUUUUUUUUUAUUUAAAAUCCAUAGAAUUCUUACUGAAUAUGUCUAUUUGGAGUAGAAUAGUGUCCAAAAUAUGCAUGGGAAGCUUCAUUCCUUAUAACAGUAACGGUUGAUGAAAAAAUGCCCCCUUUUUUAGCUCACCUGUCACAAAGUGACAGGGUGAGCUUUUGUGAUCGCUUUUCGUCCGGCGUUCAUCCAUACGGCGUCAGUCCGUCGUCUGUCCGUAAACUUUUACUUUAAAUGACAUCUCCUCAUAUACCGCUAAGCCAAUUUUAUCCAAACUUCACAGGAAUGUUCCUUUGAAAAUUGUUCAAAGAAUUUAAUUCCAUGCAGAACUCUGGUUGCCAUGGCAACCAAAAGAAAAAACUUAAAAAAUCUUCUUUUAAAGAACCCAACAAGCUAGAGCUAAGAUAUUAAGCAUGAAACAUCUUCUAAUGAGUGUCUACCAAGUUUGUUCAAAUAAAAGCCCUGGGGUCAAAAUUGGCCCCGCCCCAGGGGGUCAUUGAUUUUCCCUAUAUGCAUAUAGUAAAAACUUAAAAAAUCUUCUUUAAAAGAACUCAAAGAGCUAGAGCUAAGAUAUUUAGCAUGAAACAGGUUCUAAUGGGUGACUACCAAGUUUGUUCAAAUAAAAGCCCUGGGGUCAAAAUUGCCCCGCCCCAGGGGGUCGAUGAUUUUCCCUAUAUGAAUAUAGUAAAAACUUAAAAAAUCUUCUUUUAAAGAGCCCAAAAGCUAGAGCUAAGAUAUUUAGCAUGAAACAAGUUCUAAUGGAUGUCUACCAAGUUUGUUCAAAUAAGAGCCCUGGGGUCAAAAUUGGCCCCUCCCAAGGGGAACAUUGAUUUUCCUUAUAUAUAUGUAUAGCAAAAACUUAAAAAUCUUCUUCGAAAAAACCCGAAUAGCUAGAGUUUAGAUAUUAAGCAUGAAACAUCUUCUAGUAAGUGUUUACAAAGAUUGUUCAAAUAAAAGGGGUCAAAACUGGCCCUGCCCCAGGGGUGUCAUUGUUUUUAACUAUAUGUGUACAAUAAAAAAUCUCCUUUUAAAAAACCAAAAGAGCUAGAGCUUAGAUUUUUAGCAUGAAGCAUGUUCUAAUGGGUGUCUACCAAGUUUGUUCAAAUAAAAGCCCUUGGGUUAAAAUUGGCCCUGCUGGGGGGGGGAGGAAAGAAAGGGGGCGAGAUCAUUGUUUUUCAUUUUAUGUGUGUAGUAAAAUCUUAACAUCAUGAAACAUCUUCUAAUUGGUGUCUUCCAAGUUUGUUCAAAUAAAAGCCCUGGGGUUUAAACUGGUCCCGCUCCGGGGGCCUAUAUACAGGUGAGCGAUCUAGGGCCAUCAUGGCUCUCUUGUUUUUUAAAUGCCAUUUUAUUUUAAUGACACUAUAUAUUCAUAUUAUGUUUACUUAAUAUUUUCUGAAUAGCUCAGUAGGUAGAGUGCAGGAUUGAUAAUCUCGAGGUCGUGGGUUCGAUACCAACUGUUGCCACUAUCAUUUUCAAUAAUUUUGUUUAUCUAAUGUUUAAAUAAUUUCUUUUUCAUGUUCAUUCUGGAAUAUUCUUUCUCUAAGUAGUUUAGUAUUCUAGAUUGUUCAUUAAUAGUUUAUAUAUGAUGAAUGUUUGUACUUCAAGGUGUGUCUGCUAAUUUGUGUUUUUGUGUGAUGUUAAUGAACUGAUUUUGUGCUAUUUUACUUAUAAUAUCGUGAAGCUAACAUAGGAUUUUAUUACAUGCUUUUCGGUGGUUUAUAGAAAUAUAUCAGUGAAAUAAAAACUAAUAAUUUCACUGUUUUAAACAGUGAAAUUAUCAAUUUGAUAAUAUCACUGUUUUGAAUAUUUGAGCCCGGUCGGUUGUUUCAGUGAAAUACCAGCCUGCACAGUACUGGAGACCAACUUAAUGACGUGACGUCGUAAAUGACGUUGCAUAUUAUUAUUUGGCGCCCUUUUCAUUAAGUACUAGGUUAAAUGUCUUUUUUAACGUUUCUUUGCAUAUAAUAAAAAGUAAAAUUUGUUUAGUUUAAUGUAAGAUUGAAAUAUAUUUCAAUUGUGAACACCAAAAGUUCAUAUUUCACUCGUGUCUGCCUCACUCGUGAAAUAUAUCUUGGUGAAAUAUAUUCCGAUCUUACACUGACCUCUAUAUAUUAGUUUAGAUUCUGUAAUUCUGUGUUGGAAGUGUUUUGGAUAUAUUAUGAUAUUCUGCUGUUGACAUUGGACAUUGACUAAAUUUUAGUUAUGGACAAUUGAAUUUGAACUGUGAGUUAAACUUUAAGAAAUUUGUUAAAUUAGAUUUGUCGAUAAUUGUGAGUUAAACUUUACUUUCAUAUUUUUGUAAAUAAUUGUUUUUCUUUAAUUAUAAAUUGUUAAAUUUGUUGCUGCGUUACCUUCUCUGUUAGCUUUUAACAGCCUAUAGUAAUUCAAAAACUCAGUAUUAGGAAUGUUGUACUCAGUUUUUAAUUGACUAAAAGUUUUAAACUUUUGUGUGUUGAUAUUAUACAUGUAGAUGUCUUUUACACGAUAUAUAAAAAAAAACUGUUGCUAUUUUUUUAUAUUUGAAGUUUGUCACAAAGUAUUUGUUCUGUUAUAUUUUGCAGGCUUCACUCCAAGCUACUAAUUCUUCAUGUAUAAAUUUAUUUUCAACUUUAAGGUAUUACCAUCCUCAUGCACUACUGUUAACUACAAUGAAAAUGAGGGCCAUGGGUUCAAUCCCCAGAAGGGUCAACUUUUUCGUUCUUUCUAUUUUUCUUUUAACAUUAUUUAUGUAUCUCUCAUGUCCCAUUUGGAAAGAAAAAAGUGUUUAAUUUUGAUUUUUUUAAUUUAUAUAGAUAUUUAUUGGCUAAAUUAUGCUAAAUCUAGCAAUAAAUAUGGUACCUGAUAUUUUCAAAGUGUAAUAAAAUAAAGUAUUUCAUGUUUUACUAGAUCAACCAAUAUACUUCUUUAAAAAUUUAGGGAAACUUUGACAACAGGCACUCAUUUGGGUAAAUUUGAAGGAUUUUUUAAAUUAGGCUCCCUAAGUAGGAAAAUGGUCAGACACGUGGUAAAAAUGGGUGGGGUAGGGUAACAUUUUAUACAGGUUUCAUAAAUUUUAAGUAGAAACCAUAAUUUUGCUUAUGUGGAUUGUUAGCUAAAUGGUACUAUUUGUUUCUUACCAAAAAUUAAUGGGAAAACAUUUUUCAUUAGAAUGUUAUUGCAGAUUAUUUAAAGGUUCCUCAUUUCUAAAAAAGGGCCCUCAUAACAUCCUUGAGUUCAGAAAAGUGGCCAUAACUUGAUUUCCGUAUGGUAAACUUUGUUUAAAUUUUGCAUACAGGUGUACUUUAUAGUAUAUAUCUGACCUAUGAGGUCAAUUUUUUAAUUCCUUAUAGUGCCCAUUAUGGUGAUAAUACCUUAAAUUUCAAUAUAUCUUUUGUGUUUAUAUUCCAUUUAAAUAAAGAUAUUCCACCUAAA